UCUAGAUAAAGAGGGAAGGGAGAAGCAUUAGCAGGCCAUGGAGAGAUUUGUCUAUCCCCCCUACAGUGUGUACCAGGGGUACAGCGGCACCUUCACGUUCAGCCACAACGGGGGCUUGGCGGGCCCCAAACAGAAGCAGCCCAACUGGAAGCAAAGCAAAGGCAGCAGCCCUUUCCUGGGCGUCCCCACCACCCCCUCCCCAGAAGCCACUCUGGAGCCCAUUGACUACCUGGACAGCAACAAGCAGGUGCAGCUCUAGGGGCUGCUGUCCCAGGUGAGCCUGGGCCUCACCCUGCGGCUCUGCAAGGCCAACACCAAGGAGGUGGGGGUGCAGGUGAACCCGUGGGUGGAUGCUUUGGUGCAGUGCUUGAUGGGGCCUGAAACACUGCAGGGCGGCCACCCACAGAGCCCCUCGGCCUGCUUCAGCCAGGCGGCCCUGGCCAUCUACUCACCUGGAUUGAACCAGCACCUCUUCACCCUGCCCAAGGCGGCCGGGCCUAAGGUGGAGCAGGAGGUGCUGCCCACGGCCCUGGAGAGGAAGGAGGGAGCCGACGGGGAGCAGGCGGCGCUGCAGCCGGAGGAAGACCCCAGUGAGAGGAGCCGGAGGGAGGCCACCUUCUUGGAACAGAAGUAUGGCUAUUUUCAUUGUAAAGACUGAAAAAUCAGACUGGAAAGCGCCUAUGUGUGGUGCAUUUUUGGAAGUAACAAGGUUUACUUUAAACAACUCUGUUGCAAAUGCCAAAAGGGCUUCAAUCCUUACUGAGUGGAAGCAAUCCAGUGCCAGGCAAAUUAUAUGAAUGGUGAAAGACACUCUAAGUACGGUAGCAAAUUCAGGAGACCUUAA